GCAUUGUUGGAUUGAUGCAGUUGCUUCCACACAGCGAGCGCGUUUAUUUCUCUGUACCGGUAGCAUAUAUCUCUGUGGCACUUCUUUUCCUUGCAUUUAGUUUAAUCGAGUAAACUUAAUUCCCUCCCCGUUGCUCCCUCACCAUGACGGACCCCACGCGCAGGGACCCGACGGAAUUUCUCCGCGUGCUGCGGCGGAUGUCCAACACAACAUCGUGGCAAAAAGCACUGAUCUUCGCCUCCAAGGGUCGCAUGGUCGGCUACCGUCUCACCCUGGAGCACUACAACACCAUCCUCUACUCUCAAUCCAUGUGGGGACGUGCGCUCGAAAUGAUCAAGGUGAUCCGCGCAAUGCAGCAGGACGGCGUGCAACCCAACGGUGCCUCCUACUACUACAUCGUGAAUGGCAUGGCCAACGCAGAUCACGGCUACAACUAUGACUUCAACAUCAACAGUCGGCUGGAGAAGCUGCAGCACUGGCGAGUCGCGCUGAACGCGUUGCAGACCUGCGAGGCGAAUGGCUUCGACACCACCGACACGAUGCACAACUCUGUCAUUGUCACAAUGACGAUUCCCGGCAUGAAUCACUGGCAGGAGGCGCUGCGUGUCCUGCAGAAGAUUGUGGAGGAGGACCGGCAGCUGCACCCGAACAUGGUCAGGUUUUUACACGACUGCCUCAUACGCAAUCACCGUCCGCGGGAGGCGAGUGACCUAAUGCGGCUGGCGGCGGAGCGAGGGGUAAAAGGGUACGAAGGGGCGUGGGAGGCGGAUGUGUUUAAGGGUCGCCCGACGGACGCCGAAGUUGAGGCGGCACGGCUAUCGCGUGCAGCUGUCGCGAACAGCUUGAGCACCAGCUCGGGGAUUAGCGAUGACGAGGUCCCUAGCGGCACUACUGCUGGAGAGAAAGACGCCGCUCGCAAUGCAGCAGCGGCGGCCACGGCAGCUACGCUCAUGGCAUUGCAGCUGCGUGGAGAUCAGGCGCUGCCACCGGCGCAGAUGCGCGAAGCGCUGCAGAAGGAAACCGAGCGCAACAUCGCGGCGGAGCAGCGCGCGUUGCGGCCCUUCACGGCUGGUCUGCACCAGACAGAGAUGAACUCCGUCUUUCGUCCGCGUGUACACCGCCAGCUGUGGUACCAGUGGCACCAAAUUGCGAACCGCUACCGCCCAACGGCGUCUCUCAAGCGCAGGCAGCUGGCACCGCGUGACUCCCCCACCGGCAUUCCAGCCUGGAAUCGCCUGUAG